AUGGCGUGGGGUGAUUCCGAUUAUUCGGGUGGCGAAGAAGCGAGUGGAGGCACUGAGGCGCCCGAAUGGAUUCCUUUCUCGACAACGUUAGUUGUGCGGCCGCCAGGUCUUGUUGGUCUUUUGAUGGGAAUUUUGUCGCUGACUCCGUUCGCUGUCUUGGUGGGAUUCGUGACGCUGAUCUUCUUUCGACGUGACCUCCACACCAUAUUCUUUUUGGUUGGACUCCUGUUGAAUACCGUGAUGAACAUGAUUUUGAAGCCAGUCAUAGCGCAGGAUAGGCCAGACUACAAUGAGCACUUGCGCAGAUAUCAUGGGAACUCUGUUUCCUAUGGUAUGCCGUCCCAUCACAGCCAGUUCAUGUGGUUUUUCUGCUUCUACAUGAUACUGUUCCUGAUGUUCAGGGUUAAAUCCGUUGUUCCUCGGGGAUCUGGGGAGACUGCAGCCCGACAGCGAUGGAUGUACGCUUUAUUUCUGCUUGGAGCCGGUGCGUCCUACAGCAGGGUUUAUCUUGGUUAUCACACGAUGGAGCAAGUUGUUGUUGGUGCAUUCGUUGGAUCACUCUUUGCUUCAGCUUGGUUUUACAUCAUGCAGCACUAUUUGUCUCCCUGCUUUCUGAAGAUCCUCUGCCAUCCAUCGUGGGUCGUCCGAGCGGAGCAGCUGGUGGAGAAGACGAGAGAAUCGCUGAAUGGACAUGCAGCUGGUGACCUGUUUUACCAUGAGCGUCGGAAACCAGCGCAUGAUUGGCAGGGAGAAAAACAAGCAGGCAAAGCCUUGUUUGACGAUGGCACUAACACCUUCUUCUGGCGCGCUCACACGUUGACUGUCCUUUUCAUCAUCUUGAUGGUUCUUGUGCACGUUGCUAUUUUUGAGCCCGAGAAUCCGGAUACUGAUUACAACGCCAAAAGGGGAUUGGUGGCGAUGGUGCUUUGUUUCGUUCUAUUCGGAUCCACUGUUAUGCCUGAUGGGCCCUUCAGUCGUCCUCAUCCUGCCUUCUGGCGAAUGGCAUUUUCUUUCAGUUUCAUCUACGAACUCAGUCUGAUUUUCCUUCUAUUCCAGACUCCGAAUGAUGCCCGAAAGUUGCUGAAACAUUUGGACCCGAGCGUCGGUGUGCCUUUGGAAGAGAAGUCGUAUGGAGGCAAUUGCCGAAUUUACGACACCGACACCCCGGAAGAUCCGUACCAUAAUUUUUGGGACAAGAUGGAUCUUUUCGUUCCGUUGCACUUUUUCGGAUGGAUGUUGAAGACGCUGAUUUUGAGGGAUUGGUGGAUCUGCACGGUGUUAUCCAUAUCGUUCGAAUUGCUGGAGUACACAUUUGAACAUCAGUUGCCGAAUUUCAGUGAAUGUUGGUGGGACCACUGGAUUCUGGAUGCAUUACUGUGCAAUGGAUUGGGAAUAUAUGUUGGCAUCCAAGUCCUCAACUUCUUCUCGUUGCGAACUUACUACUGGAGAGGCUUAUGGAAUAUCCCUACGUACAGAGGGAAACUGAAGCGAAUUAUAGCUCAGUUCGGACCCCACAGCUGGAUUGACUUCGAGUGGAAACCGACAACCAGCCUAGGGCGCUGGUUUUUUAUGCUGAAUAUCAUUAUGCUGUUCUCUCUCGGAGAAUUGAACUCCUUUUACUUGAAGUACGUGUUGUGGAUUCCGCCGGAUAAUCGUUUGAAUGCCAUGCGAUUGGUGUUCAUGUUGCUGUGGGGAGCGGUGGCCAUUCGCGAGACGUUUCAAUAUUUAGACGACCCCGAAUGCCAGAAGUUCGGUCGUCAGUCCUGGAUGCUGGUGACGAUUGUUUUCACGGAGUUCCUCCUUGUUCUGAAAUGUGGGUGGGAGACCGUCACAAAACCUCUGCCCUGGCAUAUUGGGCUGUUCUGGAGUGUGGGGUUCGCUGGUUUGCUCGGCUGGAGUUUGUACAAUUUCUUGCUCCGGCCAAAGAUGUACGCGAGAUAUCGCGCCAGUCACGACGCAUCUUCCCGUGUUUCGAUUUCUCAGGAAGAAAUCGCGAAGAAAGUGACGUGA